AUGGUGGGUGUCCCUCGAAGUACCGGCUGCCAGACGUGUAUACAGCGACGAGUCAAGUGCGACGAAACACACCCCGAAUGCCUCCGUUGUCAGAGGAGAGGGCUUCAAUGCCCGGGGUACGUGAAAGACCGCAAGUUCUACGUCUAUUCGAAAAAAGCCACAAUCGACCAGGGUGAAGGAGCCACAAAUUCUGCUACUAUUAUUCCUAUUAUUCGCCCCUCGCAAUCUCCACCAAAAGAUGCUAUCAUCCCAUCGUCAUCAUCGAUGGACCAGGUCGUCGCGCCAAGUCUCGCCGCGAAAAAUAUAGAUCUCCAAUGCCGCGAGGGUUUCUGUACAUUCCUCGACACAAAAUAUCGUUACCAGUACUACGGACACAGCUGUCGUCUGGGCGUGACAUGGUUCGAUAUGGCUCGCAACAAUCAAUAUUCCGCCGCCGAGGCGUUUAACUGGGGUCUCCGCAGUGUAGGCGCCUUGCAGAUGGGGCGUGCGCUACAAGAUUACCGACUCGUCCAUGCUAGUCGUGAGAUGUACGGGCGUGCCUUGUACCACAUGGCUCGGACAUUGAAUAAUCCCGCCCUGGUCACGGCAGACACGACUCUCGCCGCGGCGAUUCUGCUGGGCGGGUAUGAAAUGGCUAAUGUCACUGGGGAAAAGGCGUGGAUGCUUCAUUCGCGUGGUAUUUCGCAUCUUUAUCAGCUUCGUGGGGCGCAGGCUCAUGCUGAUGGGAUGGGGAGGACGCUGUUGUUGUCUUUUAAGGGGUUUCUUGUUUACGAGGCUCUGCUAAAUGGUGAAAGUUGUUUCCUUGAAGAUGAGGAGUGGAAGCAGAUUAUUCCGCAGAUGAUUGAGGACGAAACACGGCGGGGCAAGGUUAGUCGGUUGGGGGCUUUGAUUGAUUAUGCUGGACAUGAGAUUGCGCGAUGUCCGGGAUUUGUGAAACGCACAAGAUCUCUCGUUGCAAAUACCGAUCCUACUGAUGAUGAACGAGGAUCCUUGGUCAAGGCUAUCACGGAGUGCCAAAAUACAUUAUAUGGAUAUCAGACCGAGUUGACCGCCGGAGUCACCGCGAGUCGAAAGUCACAAGAAACAGACUUUGCUGGGGUGAUCUCCGCUGAUCUCGUCGGACCAUUGUGGGAUUAUUCGAUGCAAGGCGUAAACGCCGCGAUUGCGAUAUUAAAACAGCUUUUGACGGUUCUGAGAGCUGAUCGGACCCGACGAGAAGUUCCAAAGGUGACGCCUCGGCAACAAGAGUAUCAACCGGGGAAAACUGCAUGGAAAGCCCUUGACUACUCGUCAAUAUCAGGGGCCAUCGCUACAGGGAGACGUGCUAGACAAGCGCCGGGACCUCAGCAACAAGCUGAUUUUGAGACAUGGUUUGAUCGUGUUUCUAUGACUAUGGGAAUGUUGGAUGAGACGGCCCCAUUCCUUAAUUAUACAUCUUGA